AUGGCAGUUGGGGAGAACGAGGUCUGUAGCUCCAAGCUGAUCAGCUGCAACGGCUGGCAGCUGGGGCUGGAACCUCAUAAGGGAUCCACCACAAGACCAGAUGGCACCAACACCAGGGGUCGUAACACUUGCAAAGACCAUGCUCUGCUCAUUGCGAGCAAGACAAAGUGCUCUCAUCAACACAGGGAUUACCUGGAGGACUUCAUGUUGCUAUUUGGAAACCUUCUUGUCAUAAUCUCCAUUGCUUACUUCAAACAGCUCCACACUCCUACAAACUACCUCAUCCUCUCUCUGGCUGUGCUUGACCUGAUAAUAGGGGCUGUGAUAUUUCCUUUAAAUAUGACGUACACAUCAUCCACGUGCCUAGCUCACAUCACUUUGCAAUGUUUAAUACGAAACACCAUUGAUUUUAUGGCAAGCUUAAUGUCAAUUCUGAACCUGUGCUGUAUUGCUGUUGACAGAUAUUAUGCAGUGUGUCAUCCUCUGUUGUACAAAACUAAAAUAACUCUGAAUUCUGCUGUGACGAUGACCCUGUCGUGCUGGGGUUCAUCUGUGUUAGGUGGAUUGCUUUACUUUGGACUGGGGAUAACUAAUGAUUCAUGUUAUGAUCUCUGUUUCAAACUUCUCCUUAUUUUGAGUGGUUUUACAUUUUAUAUUCCAACAGCAGUUUUGCUUUGUAUUUAUGCUAGAAUCUUCGUGGUUGCACAGAAACAGGCUCGCAGCAUCCAGAAUGCAGCCUCUCAGUUCGGAGCCACUGACAGGAAGAUGGAGAAUAAGGCCACCAAAACUCUGGCUAUAGUUUUGGGAAUAUAUAUAUUGUGCUGGGCUCCUCUUUUAGUUUCUUAUCCCUUGAAUGACUUGAGUCGUUUUGUUCUCAAUCUGAUUGAACCAUUUAACUGGUUCGCUCUGUGUAAUUCAAUGUUCAAUCCCUUUAUUUAUGCUUUCUUUUACAGAUGGUUUCGAUCAGCUAUCAGAAUGAUCAUUUCUGGAAAAAUAUUUCAGGGCAACCUUGCAAAUACAAAACUGCACUGA